AUGAUGCAACGAAUUUCACCUGUCUUCAGAGUCCUUCUGGGACUGCUGAUGAUCAGCCAAGUCUUUGCCCAUUCGUGGGUCGAGCAACUCAACGUCAUUGCGCCCAAUGGCACCAUGGUUGGAGCCCCAGGCUUCCCUAGAGGUAAUUCGCCUCGAGGGGCUGGUUUCAACGAGGCCCAGAUGGUCCACCUUCUUCCUCCUGGCCGUACUGAAGUUCUUCCACAAGACCCGAUGUGCGCCCCAACCCAGCAACAGUUCGAGACCAACCCACGAAGUCCUCGACUUCAAGCGUCGGCCGGUCAAGCCGUUGCGCUGCGCUACCAAGAAAACGGCCACGUGACCCUGCCCCAGAACACCCCCGGCAAGCCUCAGAACGGUGGCACCAUCUUCGUCUACGGCACCCAAAACCCUCAGCCCAACGACUCACUCAUGUCUAUCCACAGACAGUGGACCGCGGAUGGUAAGGGUGGCGACGGACGUGGUCGUUUGAUUGCCACCUCCAACUUCGACGACGGCCAGUGCUACCAGAUCAACGGCCAGCAGAUCUCGCAGCAGCGCGUGAAGGAGUUUCCCCACCAGAACUCUCUGCCGCAAGGUGCCGACCUGUGGUGCCAGUCCGACAUUCUCCUCCCUGCUGACUUGCAAGCCGGCAAGCCCUUGACCCUCUAUUGGGUCUGGGACUGGCCAACCAUGCCUGGCACCCCUGGUCUUACGCAAGGCAAGCAGGAGAUCUACACCACGUGCAUGGAUAUCGACAUCCAGGCCGGCGCCAACAACCAACAAGGCGUCCAGAACGCGCAAUCCUUCAACUUUGUGCAGCAGGACAUCGGCAAUGCUGCUGUGCCUGCGCAGAUGAAGCAGCUUGGCAACGCCAACGCGGUGCAGAACCCUCAGAUGAUCCCUUUCCAGGGCCAGUCUGUCAGCGGUGGCUCCAGCGCAGGUGCUUCUGGUUCCAGUAAGCCUUCUCCUUCCGCCUCCGACCCUUCCAAGACCUCUGCAGAGCAGACUCCUGCUGCCCCGGUCACUACUUCGGCUGCUGACAAGUCUGGUGCAGAUUCUAACCCUGCGCCCCCUCAACAGGGUGGCCAACAGGGUGGCCAACAGGGUGGUCAGCGAGGUGGACAGCAGGGCGGAGCUCCUCCCCCAGUCACUCCCAUUCCCGGUCAAGGCCAGGGUCAAGGUCAAAGUAAUGGCAAUGGCAAUCACCGCCCAGGACAAGGCCAGAACGGUGGCUUUAGCGGAAACAAUGGCAACGGCCAACGAGGAGGUGAUAACGGAUCUCGCCCUCCCGGCGCAGCCGCUCCCAGUAUGUCAUCCACCCUCAUGACCGUCACGGCACCAGAUGCAGCCAUCGUCGCUUCCACUCUGGACUCCUUACUAAACCCAUCUUCAGGCGUCUUCGCUGGCCAGCCCGAGUUCGGCACUGGGACUGGCACUUCUAUCAACGGUGCGGGUAACCGACAGCCCAACAACAAUGCCGGUUCCAACGCCGGUGCCAACGCGCAGGGCCAGCAGAAAUCUGACCCCCGUCCGUCUGCGCCUGCCACACAGACCGUCGCGAACGUUCCGGCCUCAAUUACGGCUGCCAACGCCCCAAUGGUCACUGUCACUCAGGCUUCUGAAGUCACCGUGACGGAGUUCGUCACGCUCGGUCAAAAAAGGAAUGAGAGUGAGUCAGCCCUAUCUCCUUCUGCUUCCACCCCAACCCAGGAGGAGAGUUCCACAAGCGCCAGCAGCAGCAGCGUCGCAUCGAUGACAUCGAGUCCCCCUACGACCACGACUUCAACAAGCGAGACGUCCACAUCAACCUUGUCAGAGACCUCCUCUCCGGCCGUCACGCCCUCCCCAUCCGCUAAUCCAGAUGAUGAUCCUAUCAUCGUUAAGCCCAUCAAGACCCACAAGCGACAAUACGAAGGCGCCCGCACUCCUCGCAACUUCAACGAUACUGGGAACGCUGCUGCUUCUGCUGUUGCUACUGGCCACUGGCCCACCUCCCACCCCCUUCGCAAUGCCACCCAACCCAACCUUCAUCGCACAGGCACGCGCGCUAACACCUUCCGUCCAGUCCCCACCGGCACUGCCGUCGCGCCACCAUGCUCCAAGACUCACCCGGCCUACCAGCUGCGCGCCCGCGCCCCGCUGUACAUCCUGCCCAACAGUGAGGAUUCGCCGGCGGGUGCGUGCUGA